AUGUCCAACGCCAUAUUUAAGCAGGCCGCAGCCGUUUUUCCAAGAAAUCCUGAAGUUUUAGAACCACCUCCAAAACGUCAACGAGCUAGUUCUAUUAUUAAAGAAUUUUCUUUAAAUACAUCAACACAUGGCUUACCUGGUAUUGCACGUAGUCAAAGUAUACCAAAUCGUAUAUUUUGGUCUAUUUCAACACUUGCAUUUACUGGUAUAAUGCUCUACUUUAUUGUUCAAGCUAUUCGUGCAUAUUUCGAAUAUCCUUCACAAACAUCUGUAUCGAUUAUUUUUGAAUGGCCUCAAGCUUUUCCUGCAGUAACGAUUUGUAAUUAUUCUCCAAUACGAUAUGAUAAGUUUAUUGAUCCUUUUUUAAACUAUACUAAUUCAUUGAAUUUAACAAAUACAACAGAUACAACUAAUUUUACUUUCAUACAAUCUUUAUAUGUUCGUGAUUUUCUAGUUUAUAAACUUAAUCAAGGAGAUUCUUUGAAGGAUUUUGUUUAUCCACUUGAGGCAAUGAUGAUGAGCUGUACAUAUAAUGGACUGUCAUGUUCUGCAGCUAAUUUCACUUGGUUUUUAUCACCCACAUAUGGUAUGUGUUAUACAUUCAAUGCUAAAUUAAAAAAUACCAUCAAUGAUGGUAUUAGAUACAAUGCUGAUAAUGGAGGAAAUGGCGUACUUGAACUACGUCUCUAUGCACAUCGACAUCAAUAUGUACCCUACCUAUCAAAUGCUGUUGGUAUGGUAGCAUUAGUUCAUGACAAUGCACAGGUACCUAAUAUUGAUAUGUCAGCAGUGUAUCUUUCACCUGGACGACAUCAUAAAUUGGGCUAUACAAAAAAAAUUAGUUAUUUUUUGCCGCCACCUUACACAGAAUGUAAUGAUCAAGUUAGUCUUGGAAUGCAAGCUGCUUUUGACGAAUAUAAUGGUCCUAAUUAUGGAUAUUCACGAUAUCAAUGCUUUUAUGUCUGCAUGCAAGCAUAUAUUUAUCAAACUUGUGGUUGUGGAAAUCCUUUUAUUUGGAGUGCUCGUUCAAUUGUACUUCCAGGUACUAACAAAAUAACUAAUAUAUCACUUUGUGAGAUAAAAAAUCCAUGUUCUGGUAAGACAAGAAUAAAUUUUAUGAAUUCAAAAGCUAUUUGGAGUAGUUAUUGUCCUGAUUGUACAGAAGAAUGUUCUAAUAUAGAUUUCAAUAUUAAAUCAUCAUCACUUUUGGCACCACCUGAAUUUCUAUUAGAUAGUAUAAAAAUGUUUGUUGAAUCAUCAAAUAUUAGUGUAUCUGCAAAUUGGUCUACAUCAAUGAUUUCAGAAAUUCAAUCUAAUUAUGUUUCUUUGGAAGUUUCUUAUGAUACAACACGAACUGAUCUCUAUUCUGAACAACCAACACUUGAUCCAGUUGAUGUUCUUUCUAAUGUUGGUGGACAAACAGGUCUUUGGAUUGGUAUUAGUUUUUUAUCGUUGAUGGAAAUUGCUGAAAUGAUCUAUCGACUUAUACGUUAUCAAUAUUAUAAUAUUCGAAAACCUAUACAAAACAAAGUUAGAAUACAGGAAACUUAUAUUUACUGA